AUGAUGACGCUGGACAAUACCACGGUGUACAAUUACAGCAACUACGCCGCUUCUAGCUUCAACAAAGUCUCCGCCAUCUCGACCGUCGGCACGGCGUGUACUAUUCUGUUCGCCGUAGCGAAGCCGCCGGUCGCCAAGUUCUCCGAUGUCGUUGGCCGUGCGGAGGCGUACUGCUUCACCGUUUCCUGCUAUGUCCUCGGCUACAUUCUCAGUGCUUCCAGCAAAUCUUUCGGGGUGUAUGCUGGCGGUCAAGUUUUCUACACCAUUGGUAAGACUGGCACUAAUAUCAUGAAUGACAUCAUCAUUUCUGAUAUUACAUCGAUGAGAUGGAGAACAUUUGCGCUCAGCUUCCUCUUCUUUCCGUUCUUGAUCAUCCCUUGGGUGUCUGCUUUUAUCACGGAGGCUGUCAUUGGGGGAAUAGGAUGGAGAUGGGGAAUCGGCAUGUUCGCCAUACUAAUGCCCUUCUGUGCCUCUUUCAUCGUCAUCCCUCUCCUCUACUUCCAGCGCAAGGCGAAGAAAAGCCACAUCAUCCUCACUCGCAAGAUGUCUGUGGCCAGCUUCUGCUCCCUAAUCGAUCUCGGGGGCUCCUUUCUUCUCUGCGCAGGCCUGGCCAUGUUUCUUCUACCAUUUACUCUAGCAGCUACCACGACAAAUCGCUGGUCCACCCCUUACAUCGACGUCUUGAUCGCCUUAGGAGUCGUUACCCUUAUCGCUCUGGUCCCGUACGAGAAAUACGUCGCAAAACACCCGAUCCUGCCCCCCCACUACUUCAAGAAUAGCACCAUCAUUCUGUGUGGCCUGAUUGGGGCGUUCGAUACCAUGGCCUUCGGAGCCACGCACACGUAUCUCUACGCUUGGUCUACUAUCGUGCACAACUUCGGGCCACGUGAUGCAACAUUUUUGCAGUACACGAACGGCGUAUGGCAGUUCUUCGUCGCCAUGAUAAUUGGCCUCGUCAUCGGUAAGCUUCGCCGAUACAAAUGGUUCGUCGUCGCGGGCGCCUGCGUCCGCUUCAUCGGGUACGGCCUCAUGGUUCGCUGGCGCGGAGCCUCCAAUUCCAUCGCUGAGCUUUUCGUUGUACAGUCCAUCCAAGGCAUCGGAGACGGCUUGAUCGUGAUCGUUAUCAUCGUCGGAGCGCAGAUUGUCGUGCCACAUGCUGAGAUGGCGCAGGUAACGGCAGUGAUGCUGCUGUUUCAGUUCGUGGGCAGCUCCAUUGGGACGGCGAUCGCGGGCGGGAUUUACACUGGGACGUUUAAGGACCGGCUGAGAGCGAGGCUGGGAGGGGAUGCAAGUCAGUCGGUCAUUGAUGCUGUGUUUAACUCGAUUACGAAUGGGAUUCCGCCGGAGGGAAGUGCUGAGAGGGUUGCUGUUGGGCUAGCUUACUCCGACGUCCUACGAUACAUCAGUUACGUGGCACUCGGCGUCUCAGUCCUGAUUCUGGGCAUGGCAAUCUUCCUGCCAGAUCUAUACCUUCGCGAGGGCCACAAUCUCGUCGCUGCCGCAGACGCCGACGACGAGCGCCUCGAGCACAGUACCACCGACUAGAGUGCGCACCCCGCUCCAACAACUACGAACAAAAAGUGAAAGAAUUUUCCAAUUUUGUGCGCCUGUACUCCACAUAUAGUAGAAUAAAGGCCACAUAUAUUACCCAAUUAUAUUCCCUCUCCGAUGAUUAUUUCUCUUGUUUCCUGUAUGUGUCCGUUCGCACACUUCCACCUCGAAGGUAAACGAGAGCGUUAGAUAUGCUACGACCUCUUCUUAACGUGCUAAAACAGACUCCAAACA